AGACGAUUAAAAAGGAAUCAUAAGGAGGUUCAAAAUCAUCCCCUAAGCAUGAAAGUUACAUUGCAAAAAUAUUCAACUAUAAUACAUCUCAAAAAUAAGGAAUUUUAAAGAAGGAAUUGCCAAUUUAAGACCAUUAAUUAUGUAAUUAGGUAUUUAUAGGUUAGUUAUUUUAUGAUUACAAAAUCCCUUUAGUCUGUGAAAUUAUAGGAAUCUCCCCUUCAAAAAAGUAAGGCUGAUUAAAAUAAAAAAAAGAAGGUCAAUAGAGUCGUUUUUAAGACUGAAAUUGAUGAGAAUAAUAACCUUUAAGUGGGUUUUCAAACUUAAAGAAAGAGUUAUGAUUGCGUUGCAAUAGAAAAUAAAAUCAAUGGUUUCAAUUUGAUUUCUAGUAUGCUAGAAUUAGAAUAGAAAAACUUGGAUCUUUAAAUGGUUCUUUAGGAUAAAACUAAUCAAAUUAAAUAGAUGUAAACAGAGAUUGAAUAAUCAAAAAUUACAAAUCAAUCAUAAAUUAGAUAAUAUAGUUUAGAAAAAUAGGAGCUUCUCCUUAAGUAAAUUAUAUCCUUAUAAAUAGAAUUUAAAAUCUUGAAAAAUAAUCUGAAUUACAAAGGAGAUAUAUAGAUUAACUACCUUAAUUUGAAGUUGAAGCUUAAGAAUGGAAAAUUAGAUUCCUUAAAUUGAACAAAUAAUUUCAUCUAUAACAGGAGACUUUAGUCAGGUUAGAAGCUGAAUAAUAAUGCAGUUAAAGAAGACUAAUUGAUGGAUUUAAUUAUGUUAAUUAAUAAAAAUGA